UAAAUAAUAAAAAUGAACUUAUUCAAAAAACUCCACGUAACACGUUGAUGAAUUCAGUAAAAUGAUGUUUGCUAGUUGUGGGGUUAUCAUCUUUAUGCAAUAUUUUUAAUUUGAUGAUCAAAAUGUUUAAAAUUUUAUUUAUAUCAGUAUUUGCUGCAGUUAUUUCACUUUCUUCAGCAAAACUUGAGAUUGUGAAUGAUGAAGAACUUGUGAAUUUAAUCAGAACUGAAAACUAUGUGAUUGUACUAUUCACCAAAAAAGAUUGUGAUACCUGCGAGAACUAUGAAAAUGAAUUGACAGCAUUACGAGAAGAUCUAGUUGAUUCCCUUAAUGCAUGGGUAGUGAAAGCGAUAUCUAGUCAAUUAGUAAGACUUUACAAUCCUAGCAAUGAACCUGCACUUGUUUUCUUCCGUCAUGGUACUCCUCUUCUUUAUGAAGGGCCUGUCAUUGAUGAUCUUAUAUUGCAUACCUUCACAGCUAAUAAAGAACCAACUGUCAAGGAAUUGACCGAUGACACGUUUGAACACUUAACCCAGGCAUCUACAGGUGCAACAACUGGAGACUGGCUUGUUAUGUUUUAUACCAAUGAAUGUGUGGAUUGUCAAAGGCUACAAGCCCGCUGGGAAGCUGUGGGAGCGCAGCUAAAAACAAGAAUGAAUGUAGCAUGUGUCAACAAAGGAGGUGCUGGAGGAGCUACUGCUCGUAGAUUUGACGUUGUGGAUGUUCCCACCUUUAUUUUAUUCCGCCAGGGAAAAAUGUACAAAUAUCAAAUACACAAAUAUGACGUACCUUCGUUUGUAUCAUUUGCUCAGGACUGGUACAAAAAUUUGAAAGGAGAGAAAAUCCCAUUACCAAAGGCUCCAUUUGAUGAUUUCACUGCCAUGAUUGCAGAUUAUUUAAGACAAAAUCGCUGGUUGUGGCAAUUAGGUUUAUCAACAUUUGUUUUGGGUUUAUUGCUUUCUUUAUAUCUUAGCUUCAAAUCAAAGAAGAAGGUUGAAAAGAAAGCCAAAUAAAGGACCAUACUGUAGGAAUAAAUUAAGCACCUUUUUUGUACAUUUAUAAACUAUGAACUGUAAGAUAGAUCUUCCUGUAAUUAAAAAAAAACAGUUUUUUAUAAACACA